AUGCGACCACAGUCGGCAUCGCUCAGUCGGGCGCCAUGCCGGAGCCUUCUCAACCGCCGUCACAUCCCGUGCGGAGCGCGCAGCUUUGCCACAACAACAGCACUUCCGUUGCGCGGUGAUAGCAAUCGGCCGGUAUUGUCUGCUUCGCAGUCCGGGACAUGCUUUCAACAGCAGCGAUGGAUCACACAAAAGCAUAUCCAGCGUAUGAAGGAUGGAGAGAAGGAAUGGGCUGGAUUUGCCCAGGAAAUCAAGGCAGGGACCCGGAAGAACUUCGCGCAACACUUGGAGGAGCGUGGUUUGAUCCAUGAUGUUGUCGGGUAUGGAGCACCUAUUUCCACUUGA